ACAAGCAUUGAGGCAUGUUGUUGAUGGUUUGAAAGAUUCCCGCUUUAGUGGAUUUGGUGAUAAUAUUAAUGGAUUUUUUGAUUUAACUACGGAUUCAAAGCUUCAUAAAAUUUUUUCAAAUUGGUAUGCUAUAGAAAAUCUACUAUUAUAUCUACAAAAAGAAGCAAAUGAAAAUAGUUGUAAGUAA